AUGCGCCGUGUCCCAGUGGAGGACCUGUGGGUGCGCGGGGGCCGCAUUCUGGACCCGGAGAAGCUGUUUUUUGAGGAGCGGCGCUUGGCCGACGAGCAGCGGGACUGCGGCGGCUGCAUCCUGGCGCCGGGCUUCAUCGACGUGCAGAUCAACGGUGGAUUUGGCGUGGACUUCUCACAGGCAACGGAGGACGUGGGCUCAGGGGUCGACCUGGUGGCCCGGAGGAUCCUGGCCCACGGAGUCACCUCCUUCUGCCCCACUUUGGUCACGUCCCCGCCGGAGGUUUAUCACAAGGUCCUUCCUCAGAUCCCCGUGAGGAGUGGUGGUCCCCGUGGGGCUGGGGUCCUCGGGGUGCACCUGGAGGGCCCAUUCAUCAGCCGCGAGAAGCGGGGUGCACACCCUGAGGCCCACCUACGCUCUUUUGAGGGCAACGCCUUCCACGACGUGCUGUCCACCUACGGGCCCCUGGACAACGUCCGCAUCGUCACGCUGGCGCCCGAGCUGGACCGCAGCCACGAGGUGAUCCAGGCGCUGACGGCCCGCGGCGUCUGCGUGUCCCUAGGACACUCGGUGGCUGACCUGCGGGCAGCGGAGGAGGCUGUGCGGAGCGGGGCCACCUUCAUCACGCACCUCUUCAACGCCAUGCUGCCGUUUCACCACCGGGACCCGGGCAUCGUGGGGCUCCUGACCAGUGACCAGCUGCCCCCCGGCCGCCGCAUCUUCUACGGGAUGAUCGCCGACGGCAUCCACACCAACCCGGCUGCCCUGCGCAUCGCCCACCGGGCGCACCCCCAGGGGCUGGUGCUGGUCACGGAUGCUGUCCCCGCCCUGGGUCUGGGCAAUGGCCGGCACACGCUGGGACAGCAGGAGGUGGAGGUGGACGGGCUGACCGCCUACGUGGCAGGCACCAAGACUUUGAGCGGCAGCAUCGCCCCGAUGGACGUCUGUGUCCGGCACUUUCUGCAGGCCACAGGCUGCAGCGUGGAGUCUGCCCUGGAGGCCGCGUCCCUGCACCCUGCCCAGCUGCUGGGGCUGGAGAAGCGCAAGGGGACCCUGGACUUUGGGGCCGACGCAGACUUCGUGGUGCUGGAUGAUGCCCUCCAUGUGCGAGCUACCUACAUCUCUGGCGAGCUGGUGUGGCAGGCGGAGGCAGCCAGGCAGUGAACACACCAGGCUGGAGAGGACGCCCCACCCAGCUGGGCACCGCCAGGGCUGGCCACCGAGGAGCUGGUCUCCAGGGAGCGAGGGUGCUGCCCCUGGGGACGGCCACCUAGCGGUGGCCAGCUGGAUAAACGCAUGUCCCU